CUGUCAGUCAUCCGCGUCCUGGGAGGCGGGGUGACAGGAGCUGCUGAAUGAUAUGGAGACAACCUGUGUGCAGGCUUUGAAUUGAGAAGGAUGCAGAGCGUGAAGCUCAAUAAUGGCGUUGAGAUGCCGCUGGUGGGACUGGGCACCUUCAAGGUGAGAGGCUACGAGGUUGUGCACCAGACCCUAGACUCAGCUCUGGGUCACGGCUAUCGCUCCUUUGACACGGCGGGCGUCUACCAGAACGAAGCGGACAUCGGCAGGGCGCUGAAGGAGCUGCUCCCGAAACACGGGCUGUCCCGACACGACAUCUUCAUCACCAGCAAGCUGGCGCCCAGGGACCACGGGCCGGAGGCUGAGGCUGGAUGCCUGCGGAGUCUGGAGGCGUUGGAUUGUGAGUACCUGGACCUCUACCUCAUCCACUGGCCCGGCAAGCAGGGCUGGAAGAGCGAGGACCCGCGGAACCCGGAGUGCCGACAGCAAAGCUGGGAGGCGAUGGAGAGCUUGUACAGGCAUGGAAAGUUCCGGGCGAUCGGCGUGUCCAACUACACAGUGGGCCACCUGCAAGAGCUGCUGACCCAAUGCCAGGUCAAACCUGCCGUGCUCCAGGUGGAAUAUCAUCCACGUCUGGUGCAGAGUGAGCUGCUUGCCUUCUGCUCAGAGAGCGGGUUCCACCUCCAGGCCUACUCCUCCUUGGGGACCGGAUGUCUGGUCACGGAGCCAAAGGUCAAAGGCCUGGCCGACAGCCUGGGAAAGACCCCCGCCCAGGUCCUGCUGCGGUGGGCCCUCCAGCAGGGAAUCGGGGUCAUUCCCAAAUCCACCAAUCCCGAGCGCAUCGCUCAGAACGCCCGGCUUUUCGACUUCCGCCUGGCCGAGGAGGACAUGGAGCUACUGAGCGGGUUGCACUCCGACACCCGGUACUGCUGGGAUCCCCGUGCCGUAGUUUGAGCACCCUGACUGUGCCGCACCCUGACUGUGUUACACCCACACUGUGUAUCUUGAGCGCGCUGGCAGUGGCUUGCUGUUUCCUCGCUGCACCUUCACCUCUUCCCUGAUUUUAAACCAUCUGACUCUGGGGAAAGAGACCAACUUACAAACCUGUGUGUCUUUUAUCUAGAAUUACACCGUAUGUACAGCACAGAAACAGGCAAUUCGGCCUAACUGGUCCGUGCUGGUAUUUCUGCUCCACACAAGCCUCCUCCCACCCCCUCUUCAUCUCACCCCAUCACCAUGUCCUUCAUCUCCUUUCUCCCUCAUAUGUUUAUCCAGCUUCCCCCUUAAAUGUAUCUAUAAUAUUCACCUCAAUCGCUCUCUGUGGUAGCAAGUUCCACAUUCUCCCAUUCUCUAGGUUACAGGGUUUUCUCCUGAAUUCCCCAUUGGAUUUAUUAGUGACUGUCUUAAAUAUAUGGUCCCUAGUUUCAGAUUCCCUAAUUCACUUCUGAAAUUUCUCCUUUUCUCCUGCGUUCAGCAGUUCAGGAUACAAUACCCCAAGCGUGGCAGCCUGACAGAGCACACUAUCCUAGCCAGCACCCCUCCCAUUCCUCAAGAGGGUACAUUACCUGAGCGAGCAUCCUUCUGGUCCCUCAAUAGGAUACAGUACCCAGGCCAGCACCUGUACAGGGACAGCUUUUUAGAUGAAGCACUUCACUGUAAUACAGGUGUGAACUGUGGCUCAGUGGGUGGUGCCACUCAGAGUCAGAAGUUUGUGGGUUUGAGCCCCACUCUCAAGGCUUGAACCCCAGAAUCCAAGUGCCAGUACUGAGGGAGUGCGGCACUGUCAGAGGUGCCAUCUUUUGGAUGAGAUAUUAAACUGAGGCCCUCUUACCGCAGGUGGAUGUAAAUGAUCCCACGGCCUCUAUUGGAACAAGAGCAGGGGGCGGGGAGGGAAGGGGCUGGAGAUCCCUCCGGUGCCCUGGGAAUGAUAUUUAUCCCUCAACCAACAUUACUGAAACAGAUGAUCUGGGUCAUUAUCACAUUGCUGUUUGUGGGAUCUUGCCAUGCACAAUUUGUCACAGUUUGUAAUGCACUUUACAACAGUGACCACACUUCAAAAGCACCUCACUGCCUGUGAAAUGCAUUGGGACAUUGUGAAAGGAGCUAUAGAAAUGCAUAAAUAUUAUACCGCCUGUUACUCUGUAAAAUGCCUGAGAAAACACAUUUUGUACUCAUUUAUUUUGUGAAUUGUAUUCCCGUGGAAUCUACAUUUAAACAUAAAAUAAAGCAUCAUCUCAGAUGGA